UAGCCUGAUUUCAGCUUUAUGUGCACAUAUAAAAGAUAGAAUAACAUACACCAAUAUAGUGGGGUUACUAGAAAUAUUUCAUUGUCUUCUUUGUAUUUUUUUGUUUUAAGAAUUUUGUAAGCUGGAUCUAAAUUAUCUUCUAAUCAAGGGAAGACAGCACAUUUUUAAAAACACAUUUUCAAAAUAAUUUUUUUUUCUGCAAAAGGAAGGCACGAAGUGUGAGAUGGAGAGAAACCUUUUAGCAAAGCCAAUGUUCAGCUUAGGUGUGUGCCUUUUGCCGAGUGGGUAGAGGCAAGGAGGAAUGAGUAGACAAAGAGUAAGGAAAUUCUACGAGCACGUCUUCUUGCUUCACAACUCUGUUUAUACUUCUUGGUCUCCAGCAGCAACUGGAAAGGGGAAAAACAUCCUGACAGUGUAUAUUCAGACACAUACGGUCAGCAUCAUGAAGCUCUGGACGCCUCAACUCAUGACAUUCCUCUGUAUGGUGCUACUGUCUGUGCUGGGAGUGAUAAAAGAAAAACACAGCUGGGCUGAAAUGUUACUUGAGGAGUGCUGGGGACAGCCAAAUGUCCUUGAAUGCACCAAGAAGUGUUCUGGAACCUUUAAAUGUAUAAACAAAAAUCACACAUGCUGCUGGACCUAUUGUGGAAACAUCUGCUGGAAAAAUAAAGUGAGUUGGGAGGUGUGUUUGGGCAUGGAUCUUCACUGAUUCUCAGAUGCUGUUAUUCAUAAACAGAAGACCGAAGCACCCUAAAUUCUAGGCACAAAAAUAGUGGAAGACAAUGUACCCUAAACCUGGACAGCAGUUCACUGGCAAAUAAACCAAGAUACCAGGUUGGGGCAUAUUGUUCAUUAUAUAAUCAAUGCCUAUGUUGUUCUCAUUAUAUUGCUCAAUUGUUUGCUCUUUUCCUGAUUUUUGUCCAAACUUCUAACCAUUGCCUCUAUAGUCAGACCUUUCUGUGAGCCCUUUUGGCUCAGCCUGGCCCCAAAUCUCUAUGUUUCUCUGUUCAAUGAACCAAACCCACCUCCCCACCUCAGAAGUGGACUUUUUCUUGUUACAAAAAGUACUCCUGUCCCAGGGUCUGCCAUAGAUGGGUAAUAUUAAGCUUGGGAAUGAAUGCUUGUUCCUCAGAGUUCCCUAACCUCUGAGUGUAUAACCUUUCUGUCUUACAGGAAAUCUUUGAAAGACAUCUAAAACCCUAAUCUCCCAGCUGGACACCAGUCUGUUCUCACUGAGGGCUGGGCAGGAGCAAAUCCUUGACAAAUAAACUCAUUUAUCAACAGUGGCUUUUAGCUUUUUCAACUCCAUUUCACUACUUUUUUUUUUAACUUUAUUUUUUAUUUUUUAAAAUUUACAUCCAAAUUAGUUAGCAUAUAGUGAAGCAAUGAUUUCAGGAGUAGAUUCCUUAAUGCCCCUUACCCAUUUAGCCCACCGCCCCAACAGAUCUCAAUGCCUGGCCUCCCUGGGCCCUCUCCAUUGUCUGCAGCCAGGAAACUGUAUCCCUUGUAAGUCAUGGCUUGGGUGAAGCUACCCCCCAUAGAAUCUACAUUCUGAGAACUCAGCAAAGUCUGAGACAUCCCGCAGACCCUCUCACUCCCCAGGAUUUGCAGGGUCCAGAGAAGAAGAUGACCUGUCACUUUCCCCCCUCUCUCCUGUGCCUGUCACUGUGUCCAGGACCCCUGCCCCUUCCCAGAAAAUACCACUUGCGCUAUUUCCCUUCCGCUGCCACCAUCCCGGUCCCUCUGAUGAGAACUUCGACUUGACUGUGUACACCCCAAAACUUAUUUUCCCAGGGCCCUUUCUUUCUGUACCCAUUCCCAUCAAUAUUACUGGAUGUUUACAGGUCACAGAAGUACAGAAAUCCAAGAAUAGUUGUUUGGUUUCCCCAAGUGAUUCUCAGCCCUGAUGUACCUUUCACUACUGAGUGUACUGUUUAGUGUCUGGGUACUUGGGAUGGAGAGUCAAAAGACAUAGUUUCCCCCUCCACUCCCAUCAGUGUUCCUGGUGCUACGUAAAGGGGCCAGAGGGCUAUCGUUUGGGAAGACCCAGAAUCUUCAUAGUGCUGUGGUCAGAGUGAUGAGGGACCAUAAGGCAGGCUGAGGGCCAAGCACAAGCUAGCAUUACCCCCCACCCCCAGGUGGGAUAUGAGAUAUUCCUCAGACACUCCUA